AUGUCUAACGCUUCGACGACUCUCCUCGGGCGUCGUUUCUGGUCUUGCGCCUACGAAUCAGCGCAGACGUUGGGUCUGCGAGGGACAAUCGUUACCACUGCGACUUUGAGGAACACUUGCCUGAAAACCAAUCAAUCUGCUGUCGGCCCCUCCUGUUACAGCGCGAAUACGUUCAAAAGGUCGAUAUGUUCGGGACCGCAAGACUCGUUCCCCCGAGCAAACAUCCAUAAUGCCCGACGAAGCUACACAGGCAGCGGCUUACUGCUGAUCGGGCUCACCACCAACCUCGCGCCCACACAAGCAACUGUAUCAUCCGCCGCCGCCGCCGAAUCUGCCACAAGCAGUGGCUCGACGAAGAAGUCCAGUGUCUGCCAACUAGCCCGGCAAGCAUGGCGACGAGGGAUACACAGCGAUUCGAGACAUGCUAGCCCGGCGGAACGGGGGCACCAUUACUCUAAGAGCGGGAAACAGGAGGAAAAGGCCUCGACGGCCCAACCGAGGCAAGAUGCGUCGAAAUCAGGAGAGCAAAAUAAGUCAGACGCACCGAACCCCGAUGCCGAAUCGAUCGCAUCCACCAUGUCGAAAUAUUUGCACAUACCGAAGAUGCCACACCGGCCCACCCGGGACGAACUCUUAGCCGCCGCAAACGGCUUUCUGGGUCGCUUGAAGGUUCGGUUCAAGUGGGUGUCCAUUAGGAGCAUGAGGCCGUGGAACAUUGACGAAUGGGGCGCGUUCGUAUCGUGGUUUCUCUUCGGCCACCUGGUCUGGGUUCUUGUCGGGACCACGACGUUCUUCUCCCUGGUCAUAUUCAGCAUCAACACCGUUUUUGCUCAGGAAACUCUUGCCAAAUGGGUCGGCGACUCUUUGACCGAAUCUGCCGGUGUCACGGUCAUCUUUGAGUCGGCCAUCGUUCCCAAGUGGGGAGAUGGCGUCAUCAGCUUCAAGAACGUGUUCGUAUCGCGACGACCAGGACAGGUGACAUCCUCAGUCAGCAAGGGAUCCUCCGAGAGCGCCGCAGCUAUGGCGGCCACCGGAAAGCAGACCGACCAGGACGGCCAAGUCUUGGAAGAAGACGACGGCAACUACACACAGUAUGACCUCACCAUCGCUACGGUAAAUGUGACCCUGUCCUUCCUGAAAUGGUGGAAUGGGAAGGGCUUUUUGAAGGACGUCGAGGUCAAGGGCGUUCGUGGUGUGGUUGACCGCACGUCCGUACAGUGGUCAGACGAGGUCGUCGAUCCCCUAUCCUACCGCCACACCCACGAACCCGGCGACUUUGAGAUCGAUUCUUUCAAGCUUGAAGAUCUCCUCGUCACCGUGCACCAGCCCAAGGGCUUCCGUCCCUUUUCCGUGAGCAUAUAUUCCUGCGAAUUGCCACAGCUCAGGAAACAGUGGCUAUUCUAUGACUUUCUGUCGGCGACGCACAUGUCUGGCUCAUUUGACGGCUCCCUAUUCACGAUCCAUCCCCGUCAGGUUCACGGCACCGUCGCGGGUGAACACGGCGAUAUCGCAGAAGAUGUGGGCGAACCAUCGGCUUGGAAGAAGUUCAGCCGUCUGCGCAUUGACGGUCUUAAGAUCGAUCAUCUCAACCGAGGGGUCGAGGGCCCGUUCGGCUGGAUCUAUGAGGGCAACGUCGACAUCGUCGCCGACGUCAUGUUCCCCGCAGACCUUGACGACGGCAUCACCAAGGUGAUGUCGGAUUUUUACGAUCAGCUCGAAGACGUUGUGAUAUCGAAUCGUAUGCGUCUGCUUCAGAAGGACCUCCUCGCAACCACUGCGUCGGACCUCUUGGGCCCUACGCCUACAGAAGGCCAUCUUUCCCAGGCCGCGCCAGGAGACGCUGGGGACCAAGCCCGGCAAUCUCUCGAUACGUCCGAUUUCUCCAACUCUUCCAACUCUUCCAACUCUUCAGAAGAGGACCGAAGGUACUUGAUUAUGGAUCUCAGGAUUCACAUGAAUGAUGUCAAGGCCGCUGUACCCCUUUUUACAAAAGACAUCUCAUACAUCAAUCAGGCUCUUGUACGGCCCAUUGUGGCCUACAUCAACGCCAAGAAGACAUACAUCCCCAUUACCUGCCGUAUCGUCAAGCGCGUCACCGACUUCGACGGCAGCUGGUCCAUCUUUGACUGCGGUCUCAUGGAUGACAUGUCGGCUGAGACCUACGAGGCAUUCGCACGCGAUAUCGAAGACCAGCAGAGCCGCGUCCGCCGACUGAAAAAGGUCGGCUUCUGGACUUUGAGUCUUGCCGUCCAUGCCCUCUUCAUGGGCAUGGCGGGUAACGUCAUUUAA